AUGAGACAAUUAAACUCGUUUAUGGAACUAGGCCAGCAUGUCCCCGUCGGCCUCCGCCACGACCCCCCCAGCAGGCACCCAAGGCUGCCUAGCAAGCCGGGCCAGGACUCGCUUGCUGAUUGGCCCUCCCACAACGACUCCCAGCGUCUUUCGUCUCACUCGUCCUCGCACACAAUACCUGCUGCACCGCCAACGUCGCCAGACGCUCGCUGCGCAACCGACGCCGACAUGGCCUCGCCCGGCGCCAUGGCCCUCCAGAUCGUGUCGGACCUCCACCUCGAGAUCCACGACGACUAUGACGCAUACACCAUCACACCGCAUGCGCCCGUCCUCGCGCUGCUGGGCGACAUCGGCCUCGUCGCGCGCCACCGCGACGCCCUCGCCGCGUUCCUCGCGCGGCACCUGCGCCAGUUCGAGGCCAUUCUCUUUGUGCCGGGCAACCACGAGGCGUACCACUCGUCGUGGCCGCGCACGCGCCAGAUCCUGCAGCAGUUCGAGGACGAGGUGACGGCGCGCCGCGACGCCGGCGAUCGCGGCCUCGGCGACCUGGUCGUCAUGGACCGCCAGGCCUACCGCCUGCCGCCACCCGGCCCCGGGCCCGGCCACCACAAGGUCGUCGUCCUCGGCUGCAGCCUGUUUUCGCACGUGCCGCCGCUCGGCGCGCGGCCCGUGCAGGACGGCAUGAACGACUUCCGCCUAACGGCCGGCUGGGACGUCGCCGCCCACAACGCCGCCCACCAGCGCGACCGCCAGUGGCUCAACGAGGCCGUCACCUCCAUCGAGCGCCACGGCGACCCCGACCUGCGCAUCGUCAUCGUGUCGCACUGGAGCCCGACGGGGGAUGCGCGCGCCCGCGAUCCGCGGCACGGUGCCGCCCGCGACGACGCCCUCGCCAGCGCCUUUGCCACCGACCUGCUCGACGACCCGUGCUUCCGCUCGCCGCGCGUCUGCGCCUGGGCGUUUGGCCACACGCACUACAACUGCGACUUUCUUGUCGCCCGCGACGCCAUUGGUGCGCCGCCCAUACGCCUGCUCGCCAACCAGCGGGGCUACGCGGGCGCCGGCGCGCCCAAAUUCGACCCGGCCAAGGUCCUCCUCAUCGAGUAG